AUGCCCGCCACUACAGCCGAGACGCUGUCGCUCGUGACCCGCAACGUCUCCGUCGCGCCUCUCGUGCUCCUCUCCGCAGCAGACCACUACGGCCGACAAGCAAAGGGAACCAAGAGGAGAGUAGUCGGUGUACUCCUUGGACAAAACGAUGGCAAGAAUGUGCGAGUAUCCAACAGCUUCGCGGUACCAUUCGAAGAGGACGAAAAGGACCCAUCAGUAUGGUUCUUGGACCACAACUACGUCGAAUCGAUGAACGACAUGUUCAAGAAGGUCAACGCGCGCGAGAAGCUCAUCGGCUGGUAUCACACAGGGCCUAAGCUGCGGGCAUCGGAUCUAGAGGUCAAUGAGCUGUUCAAGCGAUACACACCGAAUCCGCUACUCGUCAUCAUCGAUGUACAGCCAAAAGAGGUGGGCGUACCGACAGAUGCUUACUUCGCGGUAGAGGAGAUCAAGGAUGACGGCACAACCACUUCCAAGACCUUUGUUCACACGCCCUCAAUAAUCGAAGCCGAAGAGGCCGAGGAGAUUGGAGUCGAGCACCUUCUCCGCGAUAUCCGCGACGUGGCUGUCGGCACCCUCUCCACACGCAUCACCUCACAACUCCAGUCACUGCAAGGCCUCCACCUACGGUUACGAGACAUUGGCCAAUAUCUACAAAAAGUCCUCGACGAAGACCUCCCGGUCAACCACGCCAUCCUCGGCAACCUACAAGACGUCUUCAACCUGCUCCCCAAUCUGUCCACGCCCAAAGCUGCGCCGGUUGGUGGCGCAACAAAUGGUGUUGGCUCUGCUGCUGGUGCAGGUGAUAACGGAGAGUUGGCUCGCGCGAUGAGUGUGAAGACGAACGACCAGCUUAUGGCCAUUUACCUAUCUAGUUUGAUUCGUGCGAUUACCGCCUUCCACGACUUGAUUGAGAACAAGAUACAGAAUAAGCAGCAGGCGGAGGAUAAAGAGGCGAAGAAGGAAGAGGGCAAAGAGGGAGAGAAGAAGGACGGAGAGAAGACGAAUGGUGAGGUCAAGGAAGGGGAGAAGGGUAAAGAGAAGGGUAAGGAGGAGCAGAAGAAGAAAUAA